UUGGUGUUUGGAGUUUGUAAGCAAUGGAAGUGGUUUUCACAGUGAAUGAAAUUGAGUGCAAGCUUGAGUCUGAUGACUUGGCUUUCGAUACGUCCUUAAAUACGUACUUGAGGACGCGACUUUGUCUCACUGGUACGAAAUUUAUGUGCCAAGAGGGUGGCUGUGGAUGCUGUAUCGUGACAAUUCGUGGUGUGCAACCCGCGACGGGUGAGCCAUUCACGCUUGCCGUGAAUUCAUGCCUCUUCCUCGUCUACUCGUGCCAUGGCCUCGAUAUCACGACCAUUGAAGGACUCGGCGACAGGAAGAAGGGCUACCACCCAAUACAGGAACGAUUGGCUGAACACGAUGGCACCCAAUGUGGAUUCUGUUCUCCAGGAAUGGUUAUGAAUAUGUUCAGCCUGUAUGAAGGAAAAUUCGGGAACGUGACUGCGGAAGAAGUUGAGGAUUCUUUUGGCGGGAAUAUUUGUCGCUGCACUGGCUAUCGUCCCAUCUUGGAUGCUUUCAAGUCAUUUGCAACGAAUCCACCACAAAAUUUGGCCAAUCUCUGUGGGGACAUUGAAGAUCUCUCACUGAAAAAAUGCCCAAAGAGUGGAAAAGUCUGUGCAGGAAAAUGCGGUGGGAGCAUUCAUGUUAAAGCCGCAGAGAACGCCGAGUGGCACAAGGUAACAGCCUUGUCGGAAGUUCUGCAAAUUCUCAGCAGCAUCGGAACGAGAAAGUAUCGACUGGUGGCCGGGAAUACAGCAACAGGAGUCUAUCGAAUGGACUACGAUAUUGAAGUCUUCAUUGAUGUUUCUUCAGUAAUUGAACUUCAUAGAUAUACAAUUGGAACCACAAUUGAUCUAGGAGGGAAUAUCACGAUAACCGAAUGGAUGAGAAUUUUACUUGAAGCCGCAGAUCGUUCAGCAUGGUUUACCUACUGCAGACAAAUAAGGGAUCACCUGGAUCACAUUGCAACAGUUCCUGUGAGGAAUGUUGGAACAAUUGCUGGUAAUUUGAUGAUUAAGCACGAUCAUCGCGAAUUCUACUCCGAUGUAUUUCUUCUGCUGGAAACUGUUGGAGCAAGCCUCACCAUAACGGAUGCAUCGGGAAAUGAGCAAAUUAUGUCACCACAAGACUUCCUCAGUGUUGAUAUGGAUAAGAAAGUAAUCACGCGGAUCUCAAUGCCUCAAUUAGUUCCAAAUCGUCAUCAAUUCCGCUCAUACAAAAUAACAGAUCGAGCUCAAAAUGCAACCUUUCUCAUGAAUGCUGGAUUUCUUUUGCAAAUGGAUACAGGAUCAAGUGUGGUGGUAUCAUCGAGGAUUGUCUACGGAGAUGUUAACCCAAAUUUCGUUCAUGCUACUGCAGUUGAAAACUACUUGAAUGGAAAAGACUUAUUUGAUAAUGCAACGAUCCAAGGUGUUGUCAGUCGAAUUAAAUCGAGCUUCAUGUUUUAUAGUACACUCCUAAGUACAUCCCCUGAAUUUCGUGGUAGACUAGCCAUUGGUUUGUUCUACAGGGCCGUACUUAGCCUAGCUCCAAGUUCAAGAGUUCGUCCAUCAUAUCAAAGUGGAAUAACUCCAAUUUUGCGUCCUAUUUCAUCUGGAACACAGACCUACGAUACUAUCCCUCAAAACUAUCCUUUAACGGAACCAAUUAUGAAAUUGGAAGCUCUGAUCCAAUGUAGUGGUGAAGCUGAAUACAUAAAUGAUAUUUAUCUUCAUAAUGCCUUGUGGGCUACAUUUGUUUUAUCGAAAGAUCCUCUAAAGACCAUCACAGACUUUGAUGCAACGGAUGCUCUGGCUGUUAAGGGCGUAAAAGCGUUCUACAGUGCAAAAGAUAUUCCAGGUGUGAACUCUUGCUCAUCACAAAAGGGUCCUAUUUUACCCUUAGAAACUGAACCAGAGGAAGUUUUCUGUAGUGGAAAGGUUUUGUACUAUGAUCAACCUGUGGGGGUGAUUGUGGCUGAAGAAAUGUCUCAAGCUAUUUAUGCUGCAACCUUGGUAAAGAUUCAAUAUGCUACAAAGAAGAAGAAUAACGCUACCAAUUCGUUGUUGAAUCUUUUUGGAUACUUUGGCGGAGAUACUAUAAAGUCUGAAGAGAAAUUGCUUCCUACGCUCAAGGAUGUAAUGAGUGAGGAUAAAAAGGAUGUGGCGCAUAGAUUUCGUUUUGUAAAGAAAUGGGAAGGAUCUGGGCAGAAGGACAAUGUUAAACAACUAAUAAGCAAUAUUAAGGGUGAGUUGUCCUGUGGUCCUCAGUAUCACUACCACAUGGAGACACAGACUUGCUUAGCUGAGCCAAUGGAGGAUGGUAUGAAUAUCUACCCCAGUACACAGUGGAUGGACUUUACUCAGAGGGUGGUUGCUCAAGUUCUUGGUGUUAAGGAAAAUACCAUCAAUAUUCGAUAUAGACGUCUUGGGGGAGCAUUUGGAGGAAAGAUCUAUCGCAAUGGGAUAGUAGCUUGUGCAGCAGCUGUUGCUUGCUACAAUAUUAAUCAACCUGUUCGGAUGGUCUUACCUAUGGAGACAAAUAUGCGGACUAUUGGAAAAAGAAUGCCAUCAGCGAUUGAGUACAAUGCUGAUAUAGCAGAUCUACUGGGAACUGUUGUGGUCCUACACAGCAUUGUUACCCAUGACAUUGGUGCCACGCCUAAUGACUAUAUCUUACUGAGCAAUCUUCUCUUCUCAGCCAAUGCAUACGUAACUGCCAAUUGGAUCAUUGAAUACAACAAGGCUGUUACUGAUGCUCCCACGAAUACGUGGAUGAGAGCUCCUGGAUCACUUGAGAUGAUUGCUCACACGGAAACGGUGAUGGAUCAUAUAGCUUGGAAAUUGAAGAGAGAUCCAAUUCAAGUACGUCUGGCAAAUAUUGCUCUUGUAAAUCCAAUUAGGACCAUUCUAACUGACUUUCUUGUGACAUGUCAGUACUAUCAGAGACUAAGUGAAAUUGAGCAGUACAACACGAAUAAUAGAUGGAAGAAACGUGGCAUCGCUGUAACCCUAAUGCAGUAUCCUCAUGAAAAUUUGGGCAACUACGAAGCACUUGUUUCGAUAUAUCACGGUGAUGGCAGUGUUGCACUUAAUGUAUCUGGGAUUGAAAUGGGUCAAGGAUUGUACACAAAAAUCACCCAAAUUGCAGCUUAUGAGCUUAACUUGCCUAUGGACAAGGUCCACAUUGUGCCACCGAAUAAUGUUGUUGGUGCAAAUUCUAUGACUACAGCAGGAAGUUGGACAACUGACACCAUUGGGUAUGCAGUAAUAAAAUGCUGUGAAAUCCUUAAAUUACGUCUAGAACCGAUUAGACUCCUCAAUCCUACGGGAACUUGGGAGGAGAUUGUGCAAGCUGCAUACCUAGCUAAUGUUGAACUUAUUGCAACAUUUCAAUUUACAAUGCUUACCAUACCACCCUACCUCAUCUACGGGGUUGCAUGUGCUGAGAUUGAAAUAGACGUUCUAACAGGGAAAUUCCAACUACAACGAGUGGACAUUGUGGAGGAUACUGGAGAGAGUAUUAGUCCCAGAAUCGACGUAGGACAGGUAGAGGGUGCCUUUAUAAUGGGACUGGGUUACUGGCUUCACGAAAAGCUCAUCUAUAACCGCAUGAACGGGGAACUGCUGACAAACCGAGCUUGGAACUACAAACCACCAGGAGCAAAGGACAUCCCAGUUGACUUUAGGGUCACUCUCUUGCAGAAAAGUUCCAACCCGUUGGGGGUUUUGCGAUCAAAAGUCACAAGUGAGCCCGCAAUUACAUUGGCAGUUGUUGUUGUCUCAGCCCUAAGGAAGGCUCUCGAGUCAGCUCGGAAGGAUGCUGGGGCUCCAGAUAUUUUUAUCAAUUUUAAUUCCGCCACAUCCGUUGAAGAUAUUCUAGAACUCGCUGGAACUAAGGAUAAUCAAUUUGUUUUGUAGUAAAAAAAAAAUUUUUAAAUUAAAAAAUAUAUAUACAUACUAGGUACAUUACAUACAUAGGUACGUAUGUACACACAUAUAGUUUCGACUGCUACUCUUGUUAUAAAUAAUAGGUACAUUAUAAUAUGUUUUGGUUUAAUUGUAGAAUAAAGAACAGACAAUAAAGCAAUAAAAAA